CUCACGCAGGGGGUGUUACCUUGAAGGCUGGGAAGGGCGACUUGUAGGGGUGACAGAGCCAGGAGGGUGCCACCGGAAUGUGAUGGUGUUACCUGACUGGGGUCCUAAGGAGGUCAAAGGUGUGCAGCCGUGUUGCCUCUCCACCAGUGACUGGCGGUGGGUGUCUGUGGUGGGGUGAGGUAGAAUGGAGGGUGGAAUGGGGUACACCCCUCUUCUCAGCGCCCCUGCUGUUCUUCCGGUACUCUAAGCCCAGGGAUCCUCUCCAGUCUAGGUUCUAAGCAUAUCCUACAUGAGGGCCUCCUCUUCAGUCCUCUGAACCUGGAGACAAAGACACUGGCGGAAAGUCCCAGGAGAAUCACCCCAUCCCUGGUCCCCAUGCACACUCGGGUCCACAUUUGCACACAAGCACUCAUGCAGGGGCAGACUUGCAGGCAGGGCCCCUUCAGUGGUACUCCCGUGAUGACAAGUGUCCACCCAGGUGGCCAGAUAAAGGUGCACAUAGGUACCCUCCCAAGGGCAAGGCUUUUUGAAAGCCACAUGAAUCUUAAUCUCUGUGGGUAUAUGUUGUGUGCUAUCUGGAGCCCACCUAUUUGUACUUCCAGAUCUACAGCUCUUUCCACCACUGCCUGCUACUGUCCCCUUCCAACCAGACCUGACUCCCCUGGCUGGACUGGGGAACUGAAUUGAGGGAGUAAAUCAGAGUCCCAGCAGGCCGGGCUGCUUGUGGGAAUAACAGGAAGGGGUGCUUGAGGAGGGGGUGGGAAAGCAGAGGUCACCACCAGAACACAUUUUAAGUAGCUGCUGGACACCAGCACCAUGGUAGGGUCAUAGGGUGCAAAGAAAAAUAAGGGCUGGGCCCUGCCCCCAGGAGCACCCAGCCUGGUGGGGAAGCCAGACAUGUAAACAACUCUCUGGCCGGGCUGUGGGAAGGGACCUGCCAAGUGCUUUGGCGGACAGGCCCCAGGAGAGUCCCCGAAUCCUUUUCUCUUGAUAAAUAACUGAGCUGCAAACAUCUUGCACCCCACCCCGUCUGUCCAGCACCCUGUAACUCCCCCCACCUCUUCCCAGCUAUGUGCCUCUUAGAGCCCUCUGGAUACUUAUUCGUGGACUGCCUUCUGCUCAGGGACCUAGCCCACCCCUCCCAUCCUAGAACCCGGGGGAAGGGUGUUGGUGGACAGGAGACGACUCACAGGGGAGGGCUGGAGUGUAGAACAUGGGAAAUGAGACAGGGACCGAGGCUCCCAGGUGGACGCCCUCAAAAGGAGUAUUGGGCUCUUUGUGAAGGCUGGGGAAGUAGAUGGGUCAAAGGGGUGCGGCUCCCCUGGAACCUAGGACGGAGGGUCUGGAAGCAGUGAGGGCCCCGCCUGCAGCGUCCCAUCCAGCCCUCUUUCACCAAGUCCCUCUGCCGUGAGUCCCACUGGAAGUGCCUGCUGCUCUCGCUGCUCAUGUACGGCUGUCUGGGGGCCGUGGCCUGGUGCCAUGUCACCACGGUGACCCGCCUCACCUUCAGCAGCGCCUACCAGGGCAACAGCCUCAUGUACCACGACAGCCCCUGCUCCAAUGGCUAUGUCUACAUCCCCCUGGCCUUCCUGCUCAUGUUGUACGCCGUCUAUUUGGUGGAGUGUUGGCACUGCCAAGCCCGCCAUGAGCUGCAGCACCGCGUGGACGUGAGCAGUGUGCGGGAGCGCGUGGGCCGCAUGCAGCAGGCCACCCCCUGCAUCUGGUGGAAGGCCAUCAGCUACCACUAUGUCCGCCGCACCCGCCAGGUCACCCGUUACCGCAAUGGCGAUGCCUACACCACCACCCAGGUCUACCACGAGCGCGUCAACACGCACGUGGCCGAGGCCGAGUUCGACUACGCGCGCUGCGGGGUCCGCGACGUGUCCAAGGCGCUGGUGGGGCUGGAGGGCGCGCCGGCCACGCGACUCCGCUUCACCAAGUGCUUCAGCUUCGCCAGCGUGGAGGCCGAGAACGCGUACCUGUGCCAGCGCGCGCGCUUCUUCGCCGAGAACGAGGGCCUGGACGACUACAUGGAGGCGCGCGAGGGCAUGCACCUGAAGAACGUGGACUUCCGCGAGUUCAUGGUGGCCUUCCCGGACCCGGCCCGGCCGCCGUGGUACGCCUGCUCGUCGGCCUUCUGGGCGGCGGCGCUGCUGACGCUGUCGUGGCCGCUGCGCGUGCUGGCCGAGUACCGCACGGCCUACGCGCACUACCACGUGGAGAAGCUCUUCGGCCUGGAGGGCCCGAGCUCGGCGAGCAGCGCGGGCGGCGGCCUGAGCCCCAGCGACGAGCUGCUGCCCCCGCUCACCCACCGCCUGCCGCGGGUCAACACGGUGGACAGCACGGAGCUCGAGUGGCACAUCCGCUCCAACCAGCAGCUGGUGCCCAGCUACUCCGAGGCGGUGCUCAUGGACCUGGCGGGGCUCGGGGCGCGCUGCGCCGGGGGCGCGGCGGGCGGCUACGCGCCCACCUGUCGCUACGGCGGGGUGGGCGGGCCGGGCGCGGCGGGCGUGGCCCCGUACCGGCGCAGCUGCGAACACUGCCAGCGCGCCGCCAGCAGCUCGUCCAUCUUCUCCCGCAGCGCCCUGAGCAUCUGCGCCAGCCCGCGGGCUGGCCUGGGCCCCGGCGGCGGCGCGGGCUGCGGGGGCAGCCGCUUUUCGCUCGGCCGCCUCUACGGCUCGCGGCGUAGCUGCCUGUGGCGCAGCCGGAGCGGGAGCGUCAACGAGGCCAGCUGCCCCACGGAGCAGACGCGCCUGUCCAGCCAGGCCAGCAUGGGGGACGACGAGGAGGACGACGACGAGGACGAGGCCGGCCCGCCCCCGCCCUAUCACGACGCCCUCUACUUCCCCGUCCUCAUCGUCCACCGGCAGGAGGGGUGUCUGGGCCACAGCCACCGGCCACUGCACCGCCACGGCUCCUGCGUAGAGACCUCACUGUGACCACUGGCCCUGUAAAGAGGCCCUUGCUGCGCUUGGCCUUCCCCUCGCCCUCGCCUGACCGUGCCCCCAGGGUGU